CGCCGGAUCCCAAUCCAACCCAUCUUGCACACCGGGACCCUCGUUCCAAGGGCCAAGCUUGAUUCACUACUUCCACCACCAACACAACCACCACCGUAUCAUCGUCCAUCCAUUCUUUGAUGCGUAACAAUACCCAAGAUCUAGAUCACAGAAACUAACGAACGAACGAACGAACUAACGAAUUCCUAGCGAGCGAUAAACGGAUCGAUACCAGUGGUGACAUGAUUGGACCCGCCAUUGAUCCAGCGGAUGUCGGCUUGACGGGCCUCUUCUGGCUUUUUUUGAGCUACGGCUACGUCUUGUACUCGAGCAGUAAUCUCAUUUCGGAAGGAUCCGAGCUGCUCCUUCUCAUCCCCAGCAUGGCGGGGUUGGUCGGCGGAGUGGUCCUCCCCUUGUUAGGAGCCGUCCCCGACGGCGCCAUCAUUCUCUUUAGCGGACUCGGAAGUCUUGAAGACGCCCAAGAAACAUUGUCUGUCGGAGUCGGGGCCCUAGCCGGCUCCACCAUCAUGCUACUGACCGUUCCCUUUGCUCUUUCCGUCUACGGAGGUCGCGUAGAUCUCGACGCCAACGGCGUACCCGACUACCUUGUCAAACCCAAACUUUCCACCAAAACGUCCUGGAAGGCCGAAUUCACAAAGACGGGCGUUACCUUGUCCGAUGCCGUGCAUCACGGUGGUGUCUUGAUGGCCCUCACUACCGUUCCCUACUUCCUCAUACAGGUGCCCGCAUCGAUCUACGCCACGCCCGAGAAUUCGGAAGACGUCGUUGCGGCACAGGAGCACUGGUGGGCGGCGGCUGGAUUCAUUCUCUGCUUGCUGGGCCUGACGGUUUACAUGAGACUGCAGUUGCAUAUUUCCCAACAGGGACAGGACAAGGGCAAGCGCAUGGCCGUCAUGAAGAAACUGCUCAAACAGGGACAGGUUUCACUCAGUGGAGCCAUUGCCGCACAAGUCAACGCCAAAGAGUCCGCGCUGCAGGCGCAGGCUGCGUCCGAAUACCAGUCCAUCCACGAUGUCAAAGAUGGUUACCCCAGUCCGGCCAUUGCGGCCUUUCUGAAAGAAAUUCUGGCCGACGCCUUUUAUUCCUACGAUUCCGACACCAAUGGACAACUCGACAAAACCGAAGUCUUUGUCUUUUUCCGAGACUUUCACGAAAGCAUAUCCGAAGAAGAAAUGGAUAAGCUCUUUGCCAAGUUCGAUACGGACGGCUCCGGUACCAUUUCUUUGGACGAAUUUAUCGGCCUCGCCUACACGCUCAUCAAGGCGCAGGACCAGCAAACGGCGCCGCGUCACCUGGACGCGUCCAGUCGCGGUACCCGUGCCGCCCUGGUACAGGCUGCCUUUGGCGAAGACGAAGACGAGGAGGAAGAAACCGUACCGGAAGAAUUCACCUCGCUCACGCCCGAUCAACAACAACGCGCCAUCAAAUGGAAGGCCUUUCGGAUGUUGGCGUUAGGAACCGGCCUGGUCGUGCUCUUUUCAGAUCCCAUGGUGGAUGUCAUGCAAGAGAUUGCGGUGCGGUCGGGCAUAUCGCCCUUUUACGUUUCCUUCGUGCUGGCACCAUUGGCGUCCAACGCCAGCGAAGUGAUCGCCUCGCAAUACUACGCCAGCAAGAAGACGCGCAAAACGAUUACCGUGAGUUUGACGGCGUUGGAGGGUGCCGCUUGCAUGAACAAUACGUUCUGCUUGUGUAUUUUUAUGGGGCUGGUCUUUGUGCGCGGCUUGGCUUGGCACUACACGGCCGAGACGGUAGCCAUUGUGAUUGUGGAAUUCAUAAUUGCAUUUAUCGUGAUUCGAGAAACUACCAUGACGACGGGAAUGGCCAUGUUCAUCUUGGCGUUGUUUCCGCUGAGCAUUGUGCUCGUCGCCGCUCUAGAAGCGUUUGGUUUGGAUUGAUGGAUCGGUUCACUAUUUGAGUGGGUCGGUGAGUCACACGCGUGUUGAAAGUAUUUGUUACGUGUCGGCGCCGGGACCACAACCUUGGCUCCGUGCCGAAUGCACUUUUUGGAAUGCAAUGUUCCGUUAAUGAAAACGCUAGUAGAGAGAACAAAUGUAUGG